AGGGGGGCGCGGCCGGAUGCAGGCGGCGCGGCGGGCGCUGUGGCCGGGCUGCGAGCGGCGCAGGAUGAAGGUGCUGGUGGCGGCGGCGGCGCUGGGCGCCGCGCUCCUGCUGCUGCUGCCCGCCGCGUCCCGCGCCGACGAGCGCAAGAAGGGACCCAAGGUCACGGCCAAGGUGUUCUUCGACCUGCGGAUCGGGGAGGAGGACGCGGGGCGCGUCGUCAUCGGGCUCUUCGGCAAGACCGUGCCCAAGACGGUGGAGAACUUCGUGGCCCUGGCCACGGGCGAGAAAGGGUUCGGGUUCAAGGGCAGCAAAUUCCACCGCGUGAUCAAGGACUUCAUGAUCCAGGGGGGAGACUUCACCCGCGGUGACGGCACUGGAGGAAAAAGUAUCUACGGGGACCGCUUCCCCGACGAGAACUUCAAGCUGAAGCACUACGGCCCUGGCUGGGUGAGCAUGGCCAACGCCGGCAAGGACACCAACGGGUCCCAGUUCUUCAUCACCACGGUGAAGACGCCGUGGCUGGAUGGCAAGCACGUGGUGUUUGGCAAAGUGUUGGAGGGCAUGGACGUGGUGAGGAAGGUGGAGAGCACUAAGACAGACAGCCGGGACAAGCCCCUGAAGGACGUCACCAUCGCUGACUGCGGCACCAUCGAGGUGGAGAAGCCAUUCGCCAUCGCCAAAGAGUAACACGCGGUCCUGGCUCUCUGGCGCGGCGAGGGGCCCGGCGCGAAGG